AUGGCUCUCUAUAGGGGGAACUCGCGCAAGCUCAUUGCCUCACUAGGCGCUGUCCUAGUCCUCUUUGUCCUUGUCCACCAGCUCAGCUACGUCGACUACUACACCCUCGUCGGCCAUAUCUCAGCGUCGACCGAGCUAAUCCAAGCCUGCCCUCGGCCUAAUCGCCCAAAACAUAAAACGUCCCACGACGCUCGCCAGGCCGUCGCCGGCCGAAACAUCCCCAACAUUGUCCACCAGAUCUGGAAAACGGCCGACGUGCGCACCUACCCGGCAUGGUCGUCUCGCGACUCAUGGAGGGCCGGGCUAGAGCCCUUCAACUACACGGUCUGGCUGUGGACCGACGACGACAUCGUCGGGCUUAUUAGGGCCGAGUACGCGUGGCUGCUGCCUACGUACGAGGGUUAUCCACAAAACAUCCAGCGAGCCGACGUAGCUAGACUGGUGGUGGUCCACGCCCACGGGGGAAUCUACGCCGACCUGGACGUGCACCCCAAGUCGGUCCAGGGGGUAUCCUGUCUGCAGCGUCUUGGGCUGGAGGCCAUCUUUGCCCCGACAUCGGGAGCCCUGGGUCUGAGCAACCACUUCUUUAUGGCGGAGCGCGCCUCGCCCUUCCUCCUGUGGGCGCUGCACGAGGCCAAGCGGCGCGGCGCCUCGACGUCGCGACGCAUCAUCCUGCCGUACCUGCAAGUCUUUUGGUCCACGGGGCCGAUGAUGGUGACGGCGGCGUCGCGCGACUAUGACCGGGCCCGGGCCGCGACGCAGCCGGUGCUGGGCGUGCUGGACGACGAGUACGGCGGAACGGUGGUGCGGCACGCGGCGGGCCGGUCGUGGCACCGGUCCGAUGGGCGGCUGUUCAACUAUCUCGGGGACCACGUGCAUGUCGAACAGCCGUGGGUGGGCUUCCCCUUGCUGGUGGCCGCUCUAGGGCUCGUGUGUAUCAUGGUCCGGCGACGAGGUUGGCGGUGGCCGGCGUCUCGUCCUGGAAAGGGGGUGUCCUUUUGA